AUGUCAGAAGACGGUGGUAUUUUACUGACAAAGGAUGCAAAUCAAGAUAACGUGAAUUUAGAGCGAACUGACAAAGAUGCCGAGGACAGAUCUUUGGUUUUAGCACAAGCAAAUACCGGAACGAACCAAUACAUGGCUGGAAUAAGACCAGUUCCAUACUUAACACCAGUAGAAUGCUAUGCCUGUACCGACUGCCCAGUUAUACAUCUGAACACGACAACAAAACAAUGCCCAUAUAGUAAUGAUUACACCAAACGAAAUAAGUGUGUUGUAUAUGUUGAGAAAUAUAAACACACGAAGAAACCCUGGUACAUAAGAGGAUGUGCAUCCGAGCGCAGUUCUUGUACCGAAAUAAGGAGAGCUCACAAUCAACUUUCAGAUAUUGUCAAAUUAGUAAGCUGUCAGGAAUGUGAAGGAGACAGGUGUAAUGCAAGUAUAUCCUGCUCACUCUCCGAUUUUUUGAUGGCAUUUUUCGUCUUAGUAUUUACUCCGUUUUCUUUAAACAAAUUGAUUUAG